CUGCACUGGGGCGUGUUCGACACUCCGGCAGAACCGGGUUCCGGUUCGAAUGUUCGGGACGGCUUUCUCGAUGCCUGCUACCGGCUGAACGCCAUCAUGCUGGAGGACUCCGGCAUCGAUGGCUCGGCCCGCGUGCUGGACCUGGGCUGCGGCAACGGCAACACCGCGGUGUGGCUAUGCCGCACCACCGGAGCCCGCGUUACCGGCAUAGACCUGAGCGGCGUGCGCAUCGAGAAUGCCAUCGAAGCCUUGGGCGACACUCCCGAAUUGGCGCCGCGUUUGGAGUUCCACAAGGCUUCAGCCACCGAACUGCCGUUUGCGGAUGGGGCCUUCUCCCACAUCUGGAGUCAGGCAACCAUCUACCAUAUUCCUGACAAGGCAAAGACCCUGCAGGAGGCAUACCGGGUAUUGCAGCCCGGUGGGGUGAUGGUCUUUGACGACCUCACCAAGCCCCGGCCUGACAUCAGCGACGAAGCGCGCACCUUCGUGUACGACCGGCUGUUGUUCGACACUGAUUUCAACUUCUAUUCGUACAUGGACGCCCUUGGCGAAACCGGUUUCACGGUGCUGGAGGCUCGGGACUUGUCCUCCCAUCUGGCCCGCAGCUACUCCUGCCUUUCGCAGAUGGCCGCCACCGGCGACGACCCGGAACGGAAAGAACGCUUCGCCGCGCUGUCCGACGCCUAUCUCAAAAUGGUGAAGGCGGUGCACGACGAAGAGUUGGGCUGGUCCCAAUAUCGCUGCGUCAAGUAG